AUAAUACCCUUGAGACAAUCUGUUUACGUUCCUAGGGUUCUUUCGAGCAGGGGAGCGUCUCAUUCCCGUCAGUCUCCGUUUCUGAUCUGCCCUCGGAAUUAGGGCUCACUGACAUCAUGGACGCCCAGAGAGCUCUCCUGGACGAACUCAUGGGGACAGCUCGUAAUCUGACGGACGAGCAGAAAAAGAAGUACAAGGAGGUGCACUGGGACGAUAAGGAGGUGUGCGGCUGCUACAUGGUUCGUUUCUGUCCGCACGAUCUGUUCGUGAACACGAAAAGCGACCUUGGAGCUUGUCCUAGAAUCCAUGACCAGAAACUGAAGGAGAGCUUUGAGAAGUCCCCUAGACAUGAUGCUCAUGUUCCAAAGUUUGAAGCAGACCUUGCAAAAUUCUGUGAGAAGCUGGUGACAGAUUUAGAUAGAAAAGUCAAGCGUGGUCGUGACCGAUUAGAACAAGAGGUAGAGGCAACACCUCCUCUGGUCCCUAAUGAAAAACCUGAACACCUCUCAGUGUUAGAAGAAAAGAUCAAAAAGCUUCUAGAGCAAAUUGAGACGCUUGGUGAAGCAGGAAAGAUAGAUGAAGCUGAGGCACUUAUGAGAAUGGUUGAUAUGCUUAAUGCUGAGAAGGCAACUUUGUCUCAACAAUCAGCAACUGAUAAGGUUAUUCUUCCACAAGAGAAGAAAAUGGCACUAUGUGAGAUUUGUGGCUCAUUUUUGGUAGCAAAUGAUGCUGCUGAGAGGACACAAACUCAUGUUACCGGAAAGCAACAUAUUGGUUAUGGUAUGAUCCGAGAUUUUCUUAGUGAGUUCAAGGCUGCUAAGGAGAAGGCAAGGGAAGAAGAGAAACUAGCUAGGGAGAAAGAAGCAGAGGAACGAAGGAAACAGCAUGAAAAGGAUCUCAGGAUUCGUGUUAGGGAGAGUGAUGUGGGUAGAAGAGAAAGGUCCAGAGAACGUGAUCGACAUGGUGACCGGAACUAUGAGCGAGAAAGAUCAAGCAGGAUCUGGAGCACGAAGCAGGUCCAGGUCUCCUUCCAGGCAUGGCUAUAGAAGGUCAAGGAGUCCAGUUUGACAAUGCUAGCUAUUAGUAUUAAUAGUCUGUCAAGUACUGAGAACAAAGAGCUCUGUUGAAGUCAAUGUGGUAUUCAAGUUAAAAGAAAAACAUUGAGGUAGGCAAAAUUGAUCCCUCCCUUUUAUUGCAAGGUCAAUUUGAACUGCAACUAUAACGUCCUUCAUCUGUAUCUAUGAGCUCUUUCACAGAGCAUUCUUUUGGUUUAAGACAUUUCCUAUUAUAACUAAGAUGACAGAUUUUGAAACAUGACGUGGUGUGGCGUUGAAGAUGAUGAUUAUUAAUCAACUUAUGCAAGGUAAUACCAGUUAUACCUACUUUUUAAGUGUAAUCGAGCCUCUACAAAAUCUCAAUUGAUUAACUUAUUUGAUCAGUCCCCAAGUCAUUGCUACCAUCUACCAACUUGCUCAGGUUAUCAAAAAUUGGAAAUGCUAAAAUCUACUAAUCCCACAAAAUCUUUAGACUACAUAUGCAUGGAAAAUGUGAAUGUUUGACCCCUAGUGUGUGAUUUAUUUGUUAAUUUAGUUGUUAAUUCCAAAUUUUUUGACGUAGUUUCCUUUUGUUUUAGUCUGACCAACAUACAAAGAAAAACAUCACUCCAGUUAUGCUGAAUGACAGAUUUCGAUCUUGGAACUUUUGUCUCCUUUUUUUUUUACCCAAAAAAAAACACAAUUGCUUUUGUACAAUAGUUGUGAAUGGAUACUCAUUCAAAUGCUUUAAGUGAAUUUUCUCUUUUGUCUCCCUUGUUUCCAGGAUAUGGGGUUUGUAAUGCUAUGGAAAUUGUCCAUUUUGUUCACGGGUUACUUGUCUUUGCAUUUGCUUGUUGAAAUAGUGAAAAGUAGGGAGUUUGGACAGCAAUUAUUGACAAAGUGAAAUGUCUAAGAUAACCUUUACUUGCCAUAAUCUAUGGCUUAUUUAUUUGCAUGGAUGAAUGGAAGGGAAAAGUAUGCAGACGGAGGAUAUAUAUAUUUUUUUUCAUGCAUUUUGCCGGUUUCUAUCUCUGUACCUUUCCCUUUCUUUCUUCCCUACUAUUCACCAGCCAUUCCAAGUUCUUAGAAAAAUUCUCUAAGGUCACGACUCACAUAACUGAUGUUUCAAUUGAGUGUUACAGUUUUUUAGGAAGGUAAAAAUUCACCAAAUGCCGUUUAAUGACUCAUAUGUUUCGUUGCUACAGGAGAUAUUGAUUAGUGUCAAUAUCUUCUAGAAUUGCCCUCUAUCUUUCUGUGAGAAGUCAUCUACAGCAAAUGUUUGCUUUAUUUUUCAUCUUGUUAUUCAGUCUUUUUUUUUUGUAGGUUUGUCAUUCGUUUUUGCAUAUAUUGUUAGUUGCACGGUAACUGAAUUCUGCUGUAAAGAUGUCGUCGUGAUCCAAAAUGAUAUAUUUCUGAAAUUGUAGUCCCUCUUAUUAGUUUAGAAUGCCACCUUUUUAUAGAAGUAGACUUGUAGAACUAUUAUUACAUUCUUGAAUCUAUGGGACUUUUAUCAGUCGAGCCAGUACUGGAGCAUCAUUACCACCUUGUAUCUGUUCGACUUAAGCAACUCAUACAAGUACCGGAGCAUUGAGGUAACACCCUAGACUUGUUUUCACUUAAAUGGUUGAUGAAAAUUUGCGCCGUAGCUUCAGGUUAUGGAAAAUUAGGGAAGAAAUGCCAGAUGAUGAUGUUGCUUGAACCUAUAGACCGACCAUUCACACUUUGCAGCUCAAACAAAUACUAGGAAUCAUAGGGCUCCGUGGAAGAGUAAAAUCUAUAUAUAAUUGAUGAUGAGGAAAAAAGUGUUGGAUGAUGUUUCUUUAAUCUGUACAGAUCUUCACCUGCUCAAACUAGAAGUGGAGCAUGGUUGAAUGGUUAAUGCUUUUUUUUUUUUUUGUGUGUGUAAUGCUAAAAUUUAAAUCAUCAAAGUUUAGUUCGCGUUGAAGAGGAUGUUGAGGUGGCAUUUUUCA